AUGACCAAGAAUGCCGCCCGGGCCAGCAGCUUUGCGUGCGUUUAUCCAGCUCAAUGCAGUGUGGACAUCUAUGGAGAUGAGUUUGAGGGGUGGGUGUACACAGGAGGUAUAGAUAUCAAUGUCCGUGUGAGAGCCACAGGCAGCCUGAGAAACAAACAUACUCCAGUCCGUGUAUUGAAAUCUGUCCUGAAGUAUGCUCCGGUUGGCCACACUUUGAUGCUCCUCACUGAUGGCUUCACAUGGUUGAUGAGGCGAGAAUACUUAGGGGCUCCUGAAGUCCCUCUUCAGUGUCUCUGUCUGCUGCAGCGUGGUCUUGUUAACCCCAGCAUGCAGCACGACCGCUCCAGGGCUGUCGUCGGCCGUCAGGAUCAUGGUUAUGGUGUGUUUCUCUGGUCAUGUGUGUGUGCGUCCUCAGUUCUGCAGGCCUGGCUGUGGUGUGUGUCGCUGUGGCCUUGCUGGCUUCCUCACGCCGUUCCUCUGGACUGCAAAGACGAGACGGGAUCACUCACCCAGUGUACAUCAAUCUCUCAAGAGCAACUUCUGGAUCGUGUCAUCCAACAUGCAGAGCUCAUCUACCGUGUCUCUGAAGAGUCCUGUACUCUGUUUGAGGAUAUGUUCAUCCCGUACCCUCUGCAUUUUUUGAGGAACCAUGGAGGAAACCUGUGCCACAGCAAACCCUUCCCAAUCCCGGGCUCCAAGAGUGAAAUUCAGCAGAUAUCGGAUAAAUGGUUGCUUCACUCGGUCCUGAUGCUGGUGCAGUCUUGGAUGGAACCCCUGAUCUAUCUGCAAACUACUCUUAAUCGUUACGAUGACGCCCCAGAUGCUCUGCUCAACAAGACCAAGUGGGUGUCUGAUAAACUGCUCAGCCUUGAGCAAGGUGUGCUGGUCCUCAUCCGCAAGAUGUUGGAUGAUGGGAUUCUGACGACCUCGUCCAUCUUCGAGCACACGUUGACCCCAUACAAUGAACAGUCCCCAGAGAUGCUGGAGUCCAUUCUCAGGGACUACAACCUGCUCAUCUGCUUCAAGAAGGACGCCCACAAGAUAGAGACCUUCCUCAAGCUACUCAAAUGCCGUCAGAGCAACAAGCUCAGCUGUCUUUCCUACUAAACAUGCAUUUCAUAUUUUAUUUUAUUUUAUUUUAUUUUGAAGAAGAAGAAGAAUCUGAAGUGUAUUCUGAAUUGGCAGUAGUAACCAAAGUUAGCAAACCUUUAAUGACACUUCUUAGAGUAAUGAGCCAUAACCGGGUUUCUGGCUAUUUAUUGUAUAUUAAAAGGAACAGAAGAAGAUGCACACUGCUCUCACACAUAAUCUGCAUACUGCACUAUUGAUUUCAUCCGUUCUCUUCUGAACUUGAGUUUGUAUGCGAUACGGAUUCCUCAUAGUCUGUCAGUGUCUCUCCAGGUCUCUG